CUUAUUGUUAGUUUUAAAACAAAAUUGAACUUAGAAAACACAUUAAGAGAGAAGAUCAAUACAUGCUUUUUCAGUAUUAAAAUUUCCACUACAUAUUCUAAAAUACAAUGCAGAAUUCCGGUCGGGGGGACGAACACUUUCGCUUCAUUCAGCAAACAGAUCGCAAGAGUUUGCAUACCCAAAUUGGAUUACUUGUCAAGAAGGCCCAAGAUGUGGCUGCUCAGGAGCUAAGCGAACGGAGUAUUCGUCUGAAGAAUCUUCUCGAGUCCGAGGACAAGAGCUUUGAAAAGGAAUUCGCGCACAAGGUCAAGACCCGCAUCGACGAGGAUAUCAAUGAGCGUAAACAGCAGUUGCAUGCAAUUAGGGAACAAGAUGAUAUCAUCAAAAAGAAAAUACUGGAAGAGAAACGCAUUCAGCAAGUAAUGCUGAAUUGCUAUGAGAUUAGAGAGGCGCAGAGAAUGAAGAAUUUGAAGGAGACGAAAAUCUGUCAGGCAGAGCAAAUCGAGGAGAAUCGGCGGAAGAAGUAUCGUGAAUGCCAGGUGGAGCACUUUUGGCUCGAAUUGGAUCGCAGACGCUGGGCCCAGUUCGAGUGUGAGGAGGAGUACGAGAAGGGGAGACGUGACCAAAUGAAGGAACAGUUGACGCAAGUCCUAGACGUUCAAGUUGGGGAGCUGGAGACAAAACGCGAGGAAGAGCGCCAAGAGAAACGGCGGGAGGCCGAGAAAUUGGAUAAGAUUUUGGAAGAGAUACGGCAAGAGAAAUUCGUCCAAGAGAAUUCAGCUAAAAAUCAAGAUAAAUCGCAAUAUCGUGAGGAACUGCUCAAGGAGAUUAAACGGAAGCAAUGCGCCAAGUUGGCUGAACUGGAAGCCGAAAAGAACGAGCAUAUUGCCUUCUGCCGAGAGACCCAGCGACUCGAAGAGGAGGCACGCAGUCGCAUUGCCCAGUCCAAGAAGGAUUUGAAUCGUGCCACCCAUGAGUAUCUUAGCUAUGUGCAACGUAUGCGUCGGCUUGAGCUUGGCAUUGAGAAGAUGAUGGACGAUCGCACUGCAGACUUGUAUCACGUGGACAUUUGCACCAAGAGCAACAUAGCCGAAAUGACUCGCCUCAAGCGGGAGGAGGCUUCUCGCUGUCAUGACUUUCUGAGGCAACAAAUCUGCGAGGAGGCAGAACGUCGCCUUCGCCUUGAAGCCGAAGUAAGGGAGAAUAAAAUGCCCGAGAAUCGUUUCGUUCAUCUGCCAGUAUCACGGGAAAAGAUCCUUGAUCAAAGGAGAAAGAAUCGUGCUGAUCUUGAUGCCCAAAUAAUUGAAAUGAAACGAGUUCAAGAAGAGGAGACAAAACGAUACAACGAUAGACUACUAAAAGCCCUCGAUGAUCCAAUGAUGUGCCAACAACUUGCCACAGAAUUUAUGAUCAAUGGCACUGACUACUUGAAGCCUCAUCCCAAUUGGAAGAUCUAUGCUUGCUCGACCAAUAAACAUGUGCUCAAGCCAUCUUCCAUGGAGAAUGAUCCCGUCAAGACAGAAGGUGCUGGAGCCCACGAACGCAAAUGUCAAAUAGGAGAUAUCCCACCGGAGAGGCCACCACAAAAGAAUCAGACAAAUGUAUUCAAGAGCUGUAAUUGUAAAAUGUAUUGAUGACACAAAUUUAAGAUCUUGUUGGGAGAGACCUUAUAGCUACUUUAAUUAAUUCUGUUUUGCCUUGAAUAAAUUGAUUUCGACCAUGAA